UUAACGCGGAAACGCUUCCCCCUUGCGGCAACCCCGUGUCACUGCGGCGGGCCGAAUGCGACGCAUCAAUGUGAAGCGCGUCCCCUGACGUGGCGGAGUUAGAGAGGCGCCUUUGCUUUUCGUGGGCGCCUGCGAUUGGACGUUUGAACGGCUUGUCAAUUUAAUAUUUUUUUAGAUACACAGGUGCUAGAGUGAAACUACAGCCCCUUGCAAAAGAAACUGUCAGAUGGCAGUGGAAAGAUCCCGUUUUCGUCGUCUUGCUUCAGUGCUUAGACGAAGACUAAUAAGAAGCGACUAAGCAACUGUCUGCACCUACUGGCGGUUCUUUCAAAGAAUUUGAAGCAUAACUGACCACUUGCACCUGAAUAGGCGCAACUACUGUCUGCAGUUUUCUGAGACGAUGCCACGAAUAUCACCUGUAGCGCUAUUGCAGAUAACGCUGCUUCUGUCCGCGCUGCCCGUUCAGUUUCUCAUCUCCAAGUGGACCGGGACGCCGUCGGCGGAACGCCACCGCGCCACUAUGCGGCUUCUUAGAGUCUGGAACGACUUAAAGAAACAUCAUCUGAAUGUGACGGCGUGGACAGACUGGGCGAAACAAUGGAUAUCUACAUUUCUGCCCGCAGCUGCUGAGGAGCAACUGGAUCCUCUGGGAGAAUCUCCUGCUUUGGAGGUGCUGCUCUACGAUAAUAACCAGGGCUACUUCGGAGCGUCCAGGGAGGUCCGCAGUCCUCGUCCAGCAUACGUCCUGCACAGGGUAGGGCAGGUGGUGAUGGCGCAAGGCAACCACAUGGUGGGCGUGAUCGUCAGUUGGGACGAGAAGCUGAAAGCGCCCCAGGAGUGGAUACAGAGAAUGUACUCGGAGCAUGAGUUGCAGAAAGUUGAAGACACUCCUCAUUACAAGGUGAUCUUCAAUGGCCCAGGACCCUCGUCCAUCUUGGUGGGGUAUCUUCCCCAAACGUCGCUAAAGCUUUUCACAGGUUUCAAGCCGGACAUCCCCACGCUGAACAACUAUUUCAGCCAUUUUGACGGGGAGCGUUUUGUCAUGAAGCCCUGGCUGCAGGAGCUAUUCCCGGAGGACUGAAGUGCGUCUGCGCAGAGGAUGCCACCGGCUGCGCAGCUGCAGAGCAGUGGCAGAGGAGUUCCUGUAAGAACUGCCUCUCACAGCGCCCCUAGCACCAUGAAACUCCCUCCUACACGGCGCUUGAGAGAGACAAGGAUACAUCUCAAUUUCUGUCAACUACUUCAGGCUGGAUGGAGAUUGAAUGAGUACCAAAAUCAGGGAGGGAGGGGGGUCAUACCCUAUGUAGUGAAAUGUAAAUGAAAAUGCUUUGUGAAUUUAAUUUUUUUUAAUAGUAAAAGAUGAUGAAAUCAUGAUUUAAAUUAUGCAGAAGCUGUAUUGAAAAAUAUGAAGUUAUUAAAAUGUGUAAAAAGUGUAAUUGGGGAAUUUUUUAGGUUCUGUCAUAAUGUCAAGGAAUUGUGUGAUUUCUGUGCUUUACUUGCGUGUUUGGAAAAGCUUAUUUAUUGAUCUGUAUAUAUAUAUAAAAAAAAAAAGUCAGGAAGAGUUGUACAGUUUAGUGUUAAUACUUGUAGUGUGGGGCAGAAUCUCUUAAGCUGCACAGUGCAGAUGUAAUAAAAGUUGCCACAGACAA